AUGGAAAUGGAUUCAUCAUCUGAUAUAAAGACAAUUGAUCUCAUAUCUUCAACAUCUGAUAAACGCGAAAGUUCGUUCAAUUAUGACAAAAGUUCGUUUACAAUUAAAAUGAAAAUUGGUAGGCAUGGUCUUGAACAGUAUUAUGAUGAUCUUAAAGAGUAUACCGCCGGCGAUAUGAAAGGUAAGACAUCUGUCACAUGUAUUUUAUGCAAAGAUAUAGUUUGGCUUGUGAAAACUUCUACAUCAAAUUAUGGUCGUCAUUUACAACGUAAACAUAAAACUGAGUAUGAUUUGCGGUCAAAAAUACAUCAUUUAAAGAAAAAAUAA